AUGCUCUUAUGCCAAUCCUCCACUCUGCCUAAUUCCUCUUCAACUGUUGUUUCAAUGGAGUACGUUAAGUAUGAACCAGAGUACAACCCAGAAGCCAUAAAAAAUUACUAUUCAAGUGGCGUUCAAAUAGGCAGAAGCAAGAAUCCAGAUAUCAAAGCUAAAAUCAUGAAAGCAAAAAAUCAUCUCUCUGCACUCGGUUGGACUUUCUUCUACCUCUGGAAGAAACCCAAUCGUCGAGAACUUCGGUAUUGUUCUCCGAAAGGUAAAACUUAUAUCUCCCUCCGAACAGCCUGUGGAUCUCUCAUUGAUCAUCAAGAUCAUCACGAUCUUGACGUGAGUAGUUCCAUAAUCGAAGAAGGUACAAAACAGGAUACGAAAUUGGUGAAUAGCGAUGAGUCAGUGAUCAGCAAUAGUCGACCCAAGAAAAGGAUUCGGAUAGAAGAUGUUGAAAGUUCGUAUUUCCGUCAACAGAGUGAAGAAUCGGUUGGGAACAGUAAUGAUUCGGGUAUUGUUGACGAUGAUGAAAAGAAAGAGGGUAUUCUGAGAAAUUGUUCAGGAAAAGCUCUUCGUGAGAUUAAGAAAUUGAAGGAAUCCGGGAAGAAAAGAAAAGAGUUUAAACCCAAGAAACGAAUACGAAAGGUGAAACCUUCUUCUGUGAGCCGCAGGUGCCCUCUUUCUUCCCUAAUCCAAAGAAAAAUUGUGUUAAGUGGUUCAAGAGUCGCUUAUCUUAACAGACUAGAUGAUCAUAUUAUGGCAUCCGGGCGUAUAUAUGAGAAGGGGAUUCAGUGUGAUUGUUGUAAUAUGUUUUUUCUUCUAAGCAAAUUCGAGUCUCAUGCUGGAAGUACAUAUCGUAGACCAUCAGCCAGGAUAUUUCUAGAUGAUGGGAGGUCUCUUUUGGAUUGUCAGACACAGUUAAACCUAGAAACCGAAGUUGAUACAGUCACUAAAUCGACAAAAUCAUCUGAUCAUGCGAUAUCUGGCCAAGAUGAGUUUUGUUCUUUUUGCAAUGAUGGGGGUGAUUUAUUGUUAUGUGAUUCUUGUCCUUCUUCUUAUCAUUCAUCUUGCAUUGGAUUGAAUGGAGUUCCUGAUUCUGAGUACUGGUUCUGCCCAUCUUGCUGUUGUGGGAUUUGUCUUCAAGGUCAUGAUCAUGACCAAAUUACGUGUGAACAAUGUGAGCGCCAUUUCCACAUUGAUUGCCUGAAAAAAGAAGUGCUCUCAAUGUCUUCUGAUGGUAAUAAAACGUUCUGUUCUAAAAAAUGUGAAGGAAUAUCUUCGGGCCUAAUGGGGAUUUCUGGCAUAUCGAUUCCAUUAACAACGAACAACCUGAGUUGGAGUUUAUUGAAGAUGGUGAGUGAUGAUAACAACAUAAAGGAAGAAUAUACAGAAACUUAUAGCAAACUAAACUUGGCAUUAGAAGUGAUGAAUGAGUGUUUCGAACCUGUACAGCAUCCGUGGUCCAAUAAUGAUGUGGUUGAAGACGUUAUCUUUAAUAGAUGUUCAAAAAAGUCGAAUUUCAAAGGGUUCUUUACAGCGGUUUUGGAGAGAGAUGAGGAAGUGAUAUCGGUGGUUAUAGUGCGAGUUCAUGGUAGUAAAAUGGCGGAGAUUCCAUUUGUUGCCACAAGAUUCCAGUACAGGCGACUAGGGAUGUGUAGCAUGUUGAUGGAUGAGCUGGAAUGGAAAUUGGGAGAGUUGGGUGUUGAGAAGCUUGUUUUGCCUGCGGUUCCUGAUAUGGUUAGUACUUGGACUCAAGCAUUUGGAUUCAAGAUGAUGACAGAUUCAGAACGAUUGAGCCUUGUUGAAUGCAAGAUCCUUGAUUUUCCGGGUACGGUGAAAUGUCAGAAAAUCUUGAAGAGAAUGUGA